CUGUAGAGCUCAGGGUCAGAUCAGGACCAUCGGUGGACAGGAGACUAUCGCGAGCAGAGUGAGUAUUUACCUUCACUUGAUUUAUCUGAAGAGUCCAGUUCGUCUGUUCAUUAAUGAUGUUUUCAUUCCUCCACAACCUCCUGACCUGAGACUGACAACCAGCGAAUCAACGAAAACAGACGUGAGAUGAAUACACUGUGGCUGCCUCUUCUUCUGAGCUCCGUCAUAUUGGCAGAGGAGCAGUAUUUUCCUCAGUUACCCAAUGUCACAUGGGCCGAGGCCAGACACUACUGUCAGGCCUGUUUCAUGGAACUGACGACCAUCACCUGCAGUAACGUCCGUCUCAUUGUGAAGAACCUCUCUUUGAGCUACUGGGUUGGACUCCGCAGGAGUUACAAUGGCUCCAUCCCAUGGUCCGAAUGGUCCAAUGGGGAGCCUGUUACAUUUCAGAAUUGGUACCCUGGUCAUCCAGUUCCAAAAAAAGAAAAGGAAAUGAUUUCUAUAUGUCCCUCAACUACAGAAAGUCCACUGAGCACCAUAAUAACUACCACAACAGAUACCCAAAUGACCUCACUAGAAACCUCCACGGUAACUUCUGCUCCGGGAACUUCUGCUCCGGGAACUUCUGCUCCGGGAACUUCUGCUCCGGGAACUUCUACUCCGGGAACUUCUACUCCGGGAACUUCUACUCCUGUAACUUCUACUCCUGUAACUUCUACUCCGGUAACUUCUGCUCCGGUAACUUCUACUCCGAUAACCUCUGCUCCAGAAACCUCUGCUCCGGAAACAUCUGCUCCAAUAACCUCUCCAAAGAUUUCCACAAUGUUUCAAACUGAGGAAGAUAACGAUACAUGUCCUAUUCUGAUUGACAUGCUUGAAUGCUUAAAUAAGACAUGUGAUGUACUUGAAAGUAUCUUGACUGGGUGUGAAAGAACAACUACUGUCACCCCUAAGACCACAACAUACAGCACCAUCGCUGAGAUCACAACAUUUAGCACCACCUUUAAUGCCACAACAACCAAGGGCGCAACAACCGCAGGCAGCACAACUGAAGGUGGCACAACCGCAGGCAGCACAACUGAAGGUGGCACAACCGCAGGCAGCACAACUGAAAGUGAAACAACUGAAGGUAGCACAACUGAAGACGGUACAACCGAAGGUAGCACAACCGAGAGAACCACCACAAGCAACUGCAUCUUUAAACCCAAGCCAGAUCCUGAACAGUACAUCGAAGAUGCUUGUGUGGUCCUGCUCAGAUUUGGCAUGUGGAAGGAAAUACACUGCAAUGAAAGUCUACCCUACAUCUGUUAUGAUGAGCGUUUUUUUGGCCAGAUAUAUUAUUCCGAUGUGAGUACCAGUUCAGUCAACGUGAGCUGGUCUGAGGGACCCGGUGCUGAGAACAUCAGUCACUACAGAGUGGAGAUCACUGAAGUCAAUAACUGGACAUAUGACCACACAUAUAACGAGACAUAUAACGAUACAUUUAACCAGACUGACCUGUUUCAAACCAUAUCGAAUCUGACUGCAGGAACUCUGUACAGAGUUCAGGUGUUUCCUGUGAAAUGUGGCAGGGAUCUCAAUCCACAGAAUAUCUCCUUCUACACCCAGCCCUCUGAUGUGCAAAAUCUGACAAUAGUCAGUAUGACAAAAGUUAGCGCCAACCUCAUGUGGAGGAAACCAGAAGGGAAGCGUGACUUCUACUCAGUACAUGUCGAAUGCAAGUCAAAUGAAUCUAUUCUUCACCUAGACGAAAAGUGUCUAGGUGAAGUGUGCACUAUCAAUAAUCUUGUUCCAGGUUAUGAGUAUGAGUUCACAGUUAAAGCUGUUGUGAAUGCGACUUUUGGAGGAGUACCAAGCAGCGCUUCUGAUUACACCAAACCUUCGAUUGUCAAAAACCUAAAACCAACAGUUAAAAAAGAGAGCACAUUCAUAAUCGCAUCUUGGGAGCCGCCUGUUGGAGGACAUUCAGGAUACCACUACUGUCUUGAAGAAGUUGAUAACAGCCACGAGUGUAAAGACUGCAGCAGUAUGACAAGCAGCAGCUUUACAACAAAUGACAAAUUUACAAACGCCGACAUCACCACAAGCAGUAGCAGUACGACCAACCUCAUCAUGACCACAAGGAGCAGCAGUACGACAAACAACAAAAUUACAGUCUGUAAUAAUACAAUAGACAACAACAUCUCAGAGGUUGUUAACUCAAGUGGCAGCAAGUUUUGUCUGUGUGUGCAAGCACUUACAAAGAAUGACACCAUAGCAGGAGAAAUGACUGUAAUCUCUGCAUACACAUACCCCAAAACCCCUGUGAACCUUACUUUGAAUCCUGACUCCCAAAGAAUGGAAGCCAGCUGGACCUUAGAACAAGGGAAGUAUGAAAUUUUUGAAGUGAAUAUUAAUACAACUGCAUACAAGUAUACCAAAGAAUAUAAUACUACAGACUUUCAUUACACUUUCACUGAGCUGAAGGCAGGAGUGUAUUACACCGUUUCAGUUGUCACUCGUAAUGGUGGCCUGACAAGUGUAGCUGCUAUAAUGGAAGGUCACACCAAGCCUGCUAAACCUACGUCUUUAAAUGCCAUCGCUCACAAAACUUCCGUAGACUUAAGCUGGAAAGCUCCAGAUUUGUCAACGGGUGCCAAGAUUAAUUAUAUGGUGAAAUGUCACAAUUCUUUCCGGAAGGAAUUAAAUGAAACAAUUACAACAGAGACAAAGCUCACUUUUGAUCAAUUAAGUCCAGGAACAAACUAUACCUUUACUGUCCUUGUUGUGGUGGGAGAUUCGAAGAGUGAUGCAGAAACUGAUUAUGCAAUGACAGAGCCUCAGAAAAGGACACUGGUCCUCACAAUGUUGUGUUCCUCUGAAAAGCCUCUUUACUGUGACGAACCAGAAACUAAGAGAGAACUUUUUACAAAGCUGAAAAGUGACUUUACUGAAAAAUUUAAAGACAUGGUCUACUGGAAUCUUAGUUGGAAAACAAUAAGAAACAAUUGAUGUGGCCUAUACUACAACUAACAGGAAACAUACUUUAUCACAUACUUAAGUGUGAAUUUCUGCAAAAAUGACAUUUAAAAAAAAAAUAUAUAUAUAUAAUAUUUUUUAUAGGACUGUGAAUUUAGACUCGUUUUUGGACCUGAUUUGCCUUUGUUUAUUUUUCUUGUUACAAAUUGCAUAUUAACAUAUUUACUUUAAAUAGAGUGGAGCUUUACCUUCAAAACUGUAACUUAAAUACUUUUUUUUUUUUUUAAGAUA